GCUUGGACGCUAGCACUUCCCACAGCGAAUCACUUUACAAACCUGUUCUUCUUAUCUGCCUAGCCUCUACACAGUACAGCUCUGGACUCUCUGGUGACACUGUUUAUGUCUUGGUGUCAAGGCCAACUGCAGCUAGCCUAGCCCGUGCAUCUGCACAUGUAGCACUUCUACGGGAUCCACCAGAUUUUACAAGUCAAGAGUCUUGGGUUGCAGUGAAGUGAUGAUCCCCAACCUUGCACUACUUGCCAAAACUCAUCCUCUUGUUCCCUCGAGAGUCUCAGUAUUUGUCGCGACUAGCACACGAAGGACAUUUGCACUGUCCAGCUCGAGCUCCCCCGUUCAAAAAAGUAGGACAGUUUGCUACGGUAGAGUCAAUCAAACGUCCAGUUGCAAGCCAAAUUUUCAGUUCUCUCGUUUCGGACCUGACACCCACCGGUUUCUUUCUUCAGGAGUACAAGGAGCAAUGGGUGCGACCCAAGGAAAACCUGAAUCGGGCGAUGCAGCAGCAACUGCCUCUGCCGUGGCUGCUCAGCCAUCCGCCAACGCCGUGGAGGCCGUCGUUGCCAAAGUCGGAGAUUUGAAGGAUGGAGAAAUGAAGGAGGUUGAAGUUGGCUCCGGGAAAGCGUUGCUGGUGUACAGUGGUGGCGAAUACAGUGCCAUUGGGCACAAGUGCUCGCACUAUGGUGCGCCGCUGAUCAAGGGCUCUCUGUGCAACAAUCGAGUGCGAUGUCCAUGGCAUGGCGCCUGCUUCAACGUGAAAACUGGCGACAUUGAGGAUUUCCCGGGCCUGGACUCCGUGCCACGUUUCGGCGUGCGCAUUGACGGCGAGGACGUGGUGGUUAUCGCCGAGCCGAGCGCGCUGGCCAACUUCCGGCGCACGGCCGACAUGGCCGAACCGAAGAGCGAUGACGCGAGGGUGUUCGUUAUCGUGGGCGGUGGUGGCGCCGCCAUGUCGGCUGCAGAGUCGCUGCGUCAGGAGGGCUUUACCGGCCGCAUACUGAUGUUCAGCAAGGAGGAUAGCCUGCCGUACGACCGUCCCAAGCUCAGCAAGGCCCUCAGCAGCACGGCGGAAGCACUUGCGCUGCGCAACGCUGAUUUCUUCAAGCAGCACGGCAUCGAGUUUGCCGGCGGCAAGGAAGUGGUGUCGGUGGACGCGGCGGCCAGCACGGUGACGUUUGCCGACGGCGCCAGCCAGAGCUACGACAAGGUGCUGUUCGCCACGGGAGGCGCGCCGCGCGCCUGCACAUGCCCGGGCGCUGACCUGGAUGGCAUACACUUGCUGCGCACGGUGCCGGACGGAAACACCAUCGCCGCCUCCGUGGAAGGCAAGCAUCUCGUCGUCGUCGGCUCCUCGUUCAUCGGCAUGGAGGUGGCUGCUUGCUUGUGCAGCAAGGCGGCAUCGGUCACUGUGGUGGGGCGCUCGCCGAUACCGUUCGCUGCUGUCCUCGGCGAGAAGAUUGGGCUGGGCAUCAGGAAGAUGCACGAGGACAAGGGCGUCAAGUUCCAGCUGGGUACGACCGUGACCGAGUUCAAGGGUGAGGGUGGUCAUGUCACCAGCGCGGUCCUCGGCAACGGCCAGACUCUGCCGGCCGACAUAGUCGUGUGCGGCCUGGGCGUGACGCCCACCACUUCGUACCUGAAGGGCGUCGACGGCAUCACCUUCUCCGCGCACGGCUCCGUGCAGGUCGACAGCCGCAUGCACGCCGCGGGCGACAUCUAUGUGGCCGGCGACAUCGCUCACUUCCCACUGCCCAUCGCCAACGGGCACGUGACCAUCGGUCAUUGGCAGCUGGCCGCUCGCCUGGGCCGUGCAGCCGCUCAGGGCAUGCUGGACAAGACAGCCGCCGGAGCACCUCUGGAUACAGUGCCCUUCUUCUGGACGCAGAUGUUCGGUAAGAGCCUGCGCUACGCCGGUUAUGGGCACGGCCACGAUGACAUUGUCGUCGAGGGCGAUCCCGACGAGUUGAAGUUUGCCGCCGCCUACCUGAAGGGCGACAGCGUGAUUGCGGUGGCUGCCAUGGGUAUGGACCCGCUGGUGUCGCGUGCCGCCGACCACCUGCUGGCCGGCACCAUGCCGUCGGCAGCCGACGUCCGUGCUAACCCAGCGUCGCUGCUUGCCGCUUGAGAAGCCGCAGUGCGGCACUGAUUGUACUGCGGUAAGAGUCCUGUUUUCGCGUCGCCGCCCGGAUGCAGCCAUUGUUCGCUGAUGAUGGGUGUUGUGCACAGCCGCUCCAUACAGCGUGCCAGUAUCUUUUUUUUGUGACUGCAUGUUGCACAUGCGCGCGUACUGUGUUUGUUUUUCCCUGGAAGGAAUGCGUGACGGCGCGUGCUAGCAGUAAUCUGUCGCUGGCUGUUCGUCCGUGUCUUUGUUUUUAGUCAGGCGUCAUGGCAAUAGCAGCAGCAGCAAUCUUUAUCAGUCUUGCCGUUGUUGCUGCGCCAAGCCUUUUUCUCGGGGAUUGCCUUGAAUUUAGUUUGGACGUAUGCUUUCAGUAUUUGACUUUUUAAGCUUUGUCUUCUAUCCGACUUAGACAUCGGUUUCACUAGUAGUAUGGCUGUAACCAUUCUGUUUUCAAUGACGGAGCAGCCAUGAUUUGCGUUUUAAAGAUUGAUAUCCGAUACUAAGUCUUUUUUUUACAUUUCUUUAAUACUUCGGCUGUAUUUUGUAGGGCAUGGCAGUUCCUUCUGCACUAUAAACAUGUACCCUGA